UGCUCCAAACACACUAACUGCAGCCAGGGGGUCACCUGAUGGCCUCCGAGCCUCGCCACUCAUCAGCUUGCUCAGUGCUCAGUGCACCCUUUUCCCAACGCUGUGAUGAAGACCGCCAGCCGUGCCCAGCCCAGCAGCAGCCCUCCGCUGGUCCAGAUGAGGCGCUACACACCCGGGCUAUAUCCUUUCCUAUUCCCUUCGGUCAUCAGCUCCCUGCCACAGCUGCCACUGCCAUCACCUCAGAGGCUGCAAAUCCAGCAGCCAUCCAGCAGCGGCAGCACACCUUCGCCUGUUGCCAUUGAAACACAGAGCACCAGUUCUGAGGAGCUCGUCCCCAGCCCGCCGUCCCCGCCGCCCCCUCCCAGAGUCUACAAGCCCUGCUUCGUCUGCCAGGACAAGUCCUCUGGAUACCACUAUGGUGUCAGUGCUUGUGAGGGCUGCAAGGGUUUUUUCCGCCGAAGCAUCCAGAAGAACAUGGUGUACACGUGUCACCGAGAGAAGAACUGCAUUAUCAACAAGGUGACAAGGAACCGCUGUCAGUACUGCCGCCUGCAGAAGUGCUUUGGAGUGGGAAUGUCCAAAGAGUCUGUUCGAAAUGACCGGAAUAAGAAGAAGAAAGAGAGCCCAAAGCCGGAGCUGGCAGAGAGCUACGAGCUGACAGCCGAGCUGGAGAGCAUCAUUGAAAAGAUUCGAAAGGCCCAUCAAGAAACCUUCCCCUCCCUCUGCCAGCUUGGCAAAUACACCACGAACUCGAGUGCAGACCACCGUGUGAGGCUGGACCUGGGCCUGUGGGACAAAUUCAGUGAGCUGGCCACUAAGUGCAUUAUCAAGAUCGUGGAAUUUGCCAAACGAGUGCCUGGCUUCACGGGGCUGACCAUAGCGGACCAGAUCACGCUCCUGAAAGCUGCCUGCCUGGACAUUUUGAUCCUGCGCAUCUGUACGAGGUACACCCCCGACCAGGACACCAUGACCUUCUCGGAUGGGCUGACCCUCAACCGGACACAGAUGCACAAUGCUGGCUUCGGCCCACUCACUGACUUGGUGUUCACUUUUGCCAACCAGCUGCUGCCCAUUGAGAUGGACGACACAGAGACAGGCCUCCUCAGCGCCAUCUGUCUCAUCUCCGGAGACCGUCAGGACCUAGAGGAGCCCUCCAAGGUGGACCAGCUCCAAGAGCCACUCCUGGAAGCUCUGAAGAUCUAUGUGAGGAAGCGUCGGCCUAGCAAACCGCACAUGUUCCCCAAAACCCUGAUGAAGAUCACAGACCUGCGCAGCAUCAGUGCUAAAGGAGCAGAGCGGGUCAUCUCUCUGAAGAUGGAGAUACCAGGUUCCAUGCCACCGCUGAUCCAGGAGAUGCUGGAAAACUCAGAGGGCCAAGACAGCCAGAGCAGCAGCAGCAGCACUUCAGCUGAGGCAGGGGCCAGCCCCAGCAGCAAGGGCAGCCCCAACGAGGACACCACUGCUCUGGAGUCACCGGAGUCCUUGGACACCGAGGUGGCUACAACCACACCGCCCAGCGAUGAGCCCUAG